GUUUCAAAAUGGCGGACGACUUGGGAGAUGAAUGGUGGUUGGAACAAGAAACAAAAACCCUAGAUUCUGGUAUUGAAAUUUUAGGAAAUCGUAUACAAAAAUUUUGACUAUUAUUCUGGGCUAUUGUUGUGACUGUGGACUGUGGUUAGUUGCAGAAAAUUUCAGUUCCAGCUGUUUUCUUUUUAAUGCAUUUUUUGCUACUUCUUUUAUUUAUUUUUUAUGUCAUGUUAAAUAAAUCCUCUAAAUAAUAUAGGCCCACCCAACCUUUUUUCAUAUCACUUAAGUAUAAAGAAAAUAAUUAUUAAUUUAAAUUUGUUAAGUAAUUACUCAUACAUGCAUAAGAACCAAUAUACUUUAUCAUAUUUCAAUGGAGUUGAUUUUCGUAAAAUAAUACAAAAUCAUUAUUUUUUAAUAUUUAAUUUUAAUACAAAAUAAUUAUUUUUAAGACUCUGAGGAUAUUUAAAUUGUUUAGAUUUCCAUUAAAUAAUUCAAAAUCGCUCUCAUUAUUUUUAAGAAUCUGAGCAUAAUGCAUCCACAUGGGCUUAUUUAUAUAAUAAAAAUAAAAAAAUUAUAUGCAAAAGUUGUUAAAGCUAGAUUAGAAGAAAACCUUUCACUUUUCUUAAAUGUUUACAAGUCAAGGUAUUACUGUUUCAAUAAGAAAUUUUCAUAUCCUUUAUUAUAAGACUAGAAUUCUUUGUUUAUUUUAAUAUCACAGUGUUCAGAUUUUUGGCUGACAUGGGCUAACCGGUUAACGUCAUAGAAUAUAAUAUAUUGGUUAAAAAAAAUUAUUAAAUGCAAAAGUUGUUAAAGCUAGAUUAAAAGAAAACCUGUCACUUUUCUUAAAUGUUUACGAGUCAUGGUGUUACUGUUUCAAUAAGAAAUGUUCAUAUCCUUUACUAUAAGACUAAAAUUCUUUGUUCAUUUUAAUAUCACAGUGUUCAGAUUUUUGGCUGACAUGGGCUAACUGGUUAACGUCAUAGAAAUAUUUUUUACAGAGACAACAGAACAAAAUGGUAAUCCACAGAAAAAGCAAAAAUCUCAAGCAGCUAAACCAGGAGGAAAAAGAAAAGUAGAUACCUCACAUGUUACGAGUGAGGUAGUAAAGCAUAAGAAAAAGAAGGGUAGCUCUGGAAAGGAGAAGAAAAGGGAGAGGGUAAGCUGAGUCAUUUAAAUUGAACACCCUUUCUGUAAAGACUUGUGCAGCUGUGAGCUAUAAAUUAAAAUCUCAUCAUAUACAAGUCUUAUGUCUCGUCGUUUAAAUUGAAAAUAUUUGUCAUGUCUUCUUAAUUUAUUAUUAGCUUCAAAACUCCAGCAACACCAAUUGGCUGAAAUAUCUAUUGCUGUACAUUUACUUGCAUAGAAAAAAAUCACGGAUGAAUCUGAUGAAGCCUUGGCUAAGCCUGGAAAUGCAGAGGAUGUUAGAGCCAUGAUGUCUAAAGUUUUAAAGGACAGACUAGGAGCUGAAGCUUUGGAGGACUUGCUUCCAAAUGCGGGUAGGCACAUUUCAGAAUUCAUUACUGAUCAUUUUCUUGAUGUUUUGAACAAUUUUUAAAAAGAUAAUUUUUUUUUAAAAACAACGAUGAAUGCUAGAGGCUGUUCAGAAAGUAUAAUUGUUCCAUUAUCAGAGUAUAAUGUGAUUGGUCUGCUAAAGUAGAUAAUUGAAGACACAAAGCAUUUGUGUAAGUUUAUGUGAAUGAAAAUAAACAAAUUUGUUAUGUUUCUGCCAAUGCCUUCAAUAAUUUAAAAAAAAACAAAAAAAAAUUUAAAAAAUUGUCGAAUUUUAAUUAAACUUUGAGCUCUAAUAAAAGCAUCGCUAUACUGUUUAACAUACAAAAAUUUUGGUUGUGCCUUUAAUGAUCGUGUUUUAUAAAUAAAUUAAAGGUGUACAAGUAACAAACCAGUUUUUAAAAAAAAAUCUCUCUAUGUAUAUAUAUUUCAGAGAAUGAUUUCUACCCUCACAAUGUGGAGUCUCUAGAACCAGAGAAAUAUUUGACAUUUAUCCUCACCACAUGGAGAACGGCAUUAAAAAAAAGCCUGUUCAUGAAGAAGACUGGCAGUCCAAUUCUAUUGAUAGUCACAAGCUCAGCGGUCAGAGCUGUAGAACUAAAUAGGUUGGUAAACUGUAUGAGAGAGGAAUCUGCGAUUUGUUUAACUGUUGUUAAAGACUAUUUUUAGAUAUUUAAUACAUCUAAUUUUUUUUCCAUUGAAUUACCUUCAGUAUUGCUUUUUUUUAAUAAACAAAAACAUGUAAGACAUAUCACAAUUAUGAUACAGAGGAAUGACACAUGUCACAAUUAUGUUAAAAAGGAAUGUCAGAAUUAUGAUACAGAGGAAUGACAUAUGUCACAAUCUGAUACAAUAAUCUAAAUGAUUAACUUAAUUUUUCAUUAAAAUAUGGUGUCCAAUCCUUAACACUUGGAUUAGAAGUGAGAUUAUACCCAUACAUUCUGAAAGUACUGUAACAUUCAAAAGUUUUAGACCUGAUGUUCUUGUUAGAUUGACCAUGGAAAAUAUGAUGGAAUGUCUUCGGCUUACUUUGUUGAAGACUUAGAUUAGCUGCAUUGAAAUUAAAGAAAAACAGGGCAUAACCGGGUGCAGAUUUUUUACACCGUAUCCAGGUAUUUUGAGUAAAUACCUGGUGGGUCCAAGUAUUACAAAAAAAAGCGUAAACAUUAGGACUAAAAAAAUUCCGACACCCUACCUACCAGUCUUUAAACAACAGUCCUAGAGACAGUCCUAAACCACACCCGUGGCUCUUUAUUAAUUAAUAUAAUUGUCUCCUCCGAAAAAAUCAACCUUUUUAUCGGAGUUCAACCGUCUCGCAUGGUGCUCCCUACAUGACAACUUUUUUUUUCACUCAGUACUGUUACUAUAAAUCAUGUUGAGUAAGGGGAGGGCCGGUUGUGAAAAGGAAGCAGGACACAUCAGCAGCAAAAUGGACAUAAGAGAUGUAUGGUGUGCUCAGUCAUCCUUGUCAACGCAUUUUUUUUUUUACCAUUGUGUGUGACAAUACGUAUAUUUAAAAAAAAUAUAUACAUUAUAUAAUAUUUAUAAAUGUAAUAGAUUUAUGUAUUUUAAUCCUAAAAAGCACUUACUCUUUUUUUACGAUCUAGGCAAAUAAAAGGUUUCUUAGACAGUAGAUGCAAAGUGGCCAAGUUGUUUGCCAAGCACAUGAAGGUAAUUUUACUUAAUGGCCAUUAUUUUAAUAAGCAAUAUAUCUCAUCUCUGGAUGAAAAUUGUUUUGAUUUUCAACACUUACAUAACAAGCGUCCCAAAAGGAUCAGAAUUAUAAACAUUAUUUUAUUAAAAUGGAAGGACAGAUUUAUUUUUUUUUAGCAUUUUUUUCUUCUCCUUAACUCAUUCCUGGCGGUUGCGACUAAAUGCGUCCUUUUGGGGUUUUCGCGUAUAGCCACACACCUCUCUCAUUUUUAGUUUAAAAUAGUUUAAAAUAGCAAUGAAAUCUCGCUUCCCUUGAGAUUUCCAGCUAUGGCGUAAUUAUGCGUGAUUAUGCGUGAUUUUAAUUUAAAAACCGGAAGUUUUUUAUCUUAUCUCACUUUAAAAACUAAAGUGCUUUAGUAUGGCGCGUCUAUAUCUAGCAUGUGUUCGUCCGAGAUGCCAAAAAUAUAUUUUUUGGCCAUUGUUCAUUAUUUUUUCGCCGCUAAUGUUAUAUUUUUAUUAAACCUUAUUCAUUUUUUGAUGCAUUUGUCCUUAAUUCAUUAACAUUUAUUAAUAUUUAGCAGCUUAAAAAAAGUUUUAAAAAAUGUAAAUCAAUUUCAAAACUGAGUUGCUUCCCUUUUCUCAGGAAAAUAAAUUAAUUACAGAAGUAGCACUGCCGGAAGGAAUGAGUUAAAAUCAUUUAAAAUGCUUGGAAAAGUAAGCUUUCCUACCUAUUAGUUACUUGGAAUAUUCCUCCAAAGCUGAGCUUUUUGUAUUUGGGAGCAUCAAUAAAACCCUCUUAUUUUUAUAGUUGUGACAAAUUCAAAUGUACUUAGGUUUUAUUUUUUUUAGUUCUUCAUGUGGAUGACUCUCUCUUUUUCAUUUUUACAGGUGGAAGAGCAGACAAAAUAUCUUGCAAAGACUAAUUGCCAAGUAGGCAUUGGAACUCCAGGUCGAUUGUUAUUGCUUGUAAAGCAAGGUCAGUUGUUAAAAAAACAAAACAAUUAUGAAUGGAAUGAUUUUUAAAAAGUACAGUAUUUAUACAUUUUUUAAAUUAAUGAUAUCUUGUUGAAAUAAUUUAUUUUUAAAAAGGUAUCAGUCUCAGUUUAAAUUUCAUUUGUAUCAACCCAGAUUUGAUGGCUGUGAAUUUUUGUAAAUUAAAAAAUAAACUGUUUUAUUUUUCUACUCUGUGUUAGGGGCGCUGCAGCUUGAGAGCUUAGUGGCCAUUGUCCUCGACUGGAACUGGCGGGACACCAAGCUUAAGAGAAUGGCUGACAUCCCUGAGGUUCGUCAAGAUCUGGUGGCGUUCUUAAAAGAUCACAUCAUAGAAACAGUGAGGGGGUCUCCGUGUAAACUGGCCCUGUUAUGAUGCGUCUGAUUAUCUGAAUGAAUGCUAGUUUGUGUUAUCCUCUGAAUGAAGUUGACAAAUGUGUUGGUUUAUGAAAUUAUGAGAGUGUAAUCAGAGAUUUGUGUAACUGUAAGGAUUAUUUUGUGGUGUGGAAAAAGAAGACUAGUGUUGAAUUAUUAAAGUGUUCUAUUUAUGUUCUCUGCUAUA